CCACUCGGGGUUGGCCGGUUGGGACGAGGCGUGUCCAUUCGCACGUGUGCUCCCCUCCAUCCGUGCCUGUGCCUCCACCGUGGAGGCCUCGACAUAGCAAGCGUCGGCGCACCGGAGGCGACCGUGAAGCCAGCGCUGCGCCAGCGACUCUUCUCUCUCCUCCCUCCGCUGUGCAGUGCAGGAGCACCACACACGUUCCGGCCCGUUCCUGCAGCAGGCCCGGCAGUGUAGUUGAACUGCCGUGACGGAAGGGAGAGAAGCCGGCGUCGGCCAGCAAAGUCGCCCCCGCGUCCUCUUCUGUCGUCGGCUACUGCUCAUACCCAAUCCUCGUCAUCGUCGGCGUCCAGAUCUGGGCGUCCUUUGCCAAGUAAAUGAAAUUUAAGCCUCAGUGCGAAACUACAGCGUGUCAUUAUCUUACUGCUGCACACUUCUGGAACUGAGAGAAUUUGGUUGGGUUGAGACGCAUGGCUGGUUGACAGGAGGGGGAGGAGAGCCGUGGAAGAUGAUACUGCUCCAGUCCCCGUCGAGGUUCCUGCUCCAGAUCCUGCAAGACCGUGUUCUCAGCGGCGAGAAGGGCAUAGACAUCGACUGUCACACUGUAGAGUUCGAUGAUGUCCGGUAUCAUAUCCAGUUUUCUAUGAGGAAUCCAAAGGUAAUGGUGUUGUCAGUUGCUUUGCCUCUGCCACCUCCUGAAGCGAUUUUGUAUGAUGGGCUUCCACUUGGUGCCAUUGAAGCUAUAAAAGCAGCUUAUGGGCCAGUUGUGCAGAUUCUUGAUCCUCCAAAGGAUGGGUUUGAUCUCACAAUGAAGAUAAAUUUGACAAAACUUCCACUUGAUGAAGAGCAAAGGAAUGCUAUCUUGACACAAAUUGCAUCUAUUAGAGAGGUUGUGCUGGGUGCACCACUGAAGCUCCUGCUGAAACAUUUAGCCUCGAAGGCAGUUGCGCCUAAUGUUGACAAGCUUGUUGCUCUUGUUCAUCGGCCUAAUGAAUCUUUUUUCCUUGCUCCCCAGGCAGAUAAAGUUACUAUUGUGUACCCAAUGAGAUUCCAGGACUCCAUUGAUAUUGUUUUAGCAACUUCCUUCCUGCAGGAAUUUGUGGAGGCAAGACGAACAGCUGCACUUAAUAAUGUUCCUUCUUGUAUGUGGUCUCCAGCACCACCUCUUGAGUUAAAAGGAGUAUCUGCUGAUGCACUGAAUGCAAAUGCUGGCUUUGUUACUUUCGUUGUUUACCCUCGGCAUGUUGAGGGUAAAAAGCUAGAUAGAACAGUUUGGAAUUUGUUGACAUUUCAUGCUUAUGUAAGCUAUCAUGUAAAGUGUUCUGAAGGAUUCAUGCAUACCAGGAUGAGGCGCAGGGUUGAGUCACUGAUCCAGGCGUUGGACCAAGCGAAGUCUGAUGCAGAGAAGCUGAAGAAGUUGGUACACGGUGGAUCUUUCAAAAGACUGAGCCUGAAGAAUGAGGUUGACUCACGUUUCUGAAGGGAAUUGACAAAUGAUGUUGUUUGAUUGUACCCGAUGGAUACACUUUGUACCAUUUGGUUAAUGACUUAUGUCGUGGGAAGCUUACUUCCGUCAGUUUUGGGAGCAAAGGCUCGGAACCGGUUAAAUCCAUGGCAUUGAAUUUUAGUGUAAAUUUGCAUUGCUUUUACAUA